AAGGCUAGUGCUCCCGCUCCCACCGCUCCCACCGCUCCCACCGGAGGAAGGGCUGCUCCAAGCACCUGCCAUGGUGGACAUGUCAGCCCUUCUCAUUCUUCUGCUGGUUCUGGGCGGAGGUGAGAGCCAGCUGGAUCUCAGGAUCACACCCUCGGGCGAGGCCGCGGAACGGGGGGACCCUGACCUCUCCAUGCAGGGGUCCUGCCAGCCAGCGUCUUCCUGCCAGAAGUGCAUCCUGGCACAUCCCAGCUGUGCGUGGUGCAAGCAACUGAACUUCACGGCCUCGGGGGAGGCGGAGGCCAGGCGCUGCGCGCGGCGGGAGGAGCUGCUGGCCCGCGGGUGCCCGGCGCACGAGCUGGAGGAGCCGCGCGGCCGCCAGGAGGCGCUGCAGGACCGGCCGCUGAGCCACGGAGCGCGCGGCCAGGGCGCCACGCAGCUGGCCCCGCAGCGGAUCCGCGCCGCGCUGCGCCUGGGGGAGCCCCAGAAAUUCCGGGUCCGCUUCCUCCGGGCCGCCGGCUACCCGGUGGACCUGUACUACCUCAUGGACCUGAGCUACUCAAUGAAGGAUGACUUGGAGCGCGUGCGCCAGCUCGGUCACGCCCUGCUGGUCCGGCUGCAGGAGGUCACGCAUUCUGUGCGCAUAGGUUUUGGCUUCUUCGUGGACAAAAGGGCGCUGCCGUUUAUGAGCACGGUGCCCUCCAAGCUUCAGCACCCAUGCCCCAGCCGGCUGGAGCGCUGCCAGCCGCCCUUCAGCUUUCGCCACGUGCUGCCCCUCACUGCGGACGCCCAAGCCUUUGAGAGAGAGGUGGGGCGCCAGAAUGUCUCUGGCAAUCUGGACCCACCGGAAGGUGGCUUCGAUGCCAUUUUGCAGGCUGCCCUCUGCCAGGAGCAGAUUGGCUGGAGAAAUGUGUCCCGACUCCUGGUGUUUACUUCAGAUGACACGUUCCACACAGCCGGGGAUGGGAAACUGGGUGGCAUCUUCAUGCCCAGCGACGGGCAAUGCCAUCUGGACAGCAAUGGCGUAUACUCUAACAGCGCAGACUUUGACUACCCUUCUGUGGGUCAAGUGGCCCAGGCCCUCACGGCUGCCAACAUCCAGCCUAUUUUUGCUGUUACAGGCGCCACGCUGCCUGUGUACCAGGAGCUGAGCCAGCUGAUCCCCAAGUCUGCUGUCGGGGAGCUGAGCGAGGACUCCAGCAAUGUGGUGCAGCUCAUCAUGGAUGCCUAUGAUAGCCUGUCCUCCACCGUGACCCUUGAGCACGCUCCGCUCCCUCCCGGAGUCAAGAUCUCUUUCGAGUCUCACUGCGGGGGCCCUGAGAAGAGCGAGGGUGAGGCUGGGGACCGGGGGCAGUGCCAUCACGUCCGAGUCAACCAGACGGUGGACUUCUGGGUCACUCUUCACGCCACCCGCUGCCUCCCGGAGCCCCAUCUCCUGCGGCUCUGGGCUCUGGGCUUCUCGGAGGAGCUGGUCGUGGAGCUGAGCACGCUAUGUGACUGUGACUGCGCUGACACCCAGCCCCGGGCUCCCUACUGCAGUGGUGGCCAGGGGGACCUUCAGUGUGGCAUAUGCAGCUGUGCCCCUGGCCGCCUUGGUCAGCUGUGUGAGUGCUCAGAAGCUGAACUGUCCUCCCCAGAUUUGGAAUCUGGCUGCCGGGCCCCUAACGGGACAGGGCCCCUGUGUAGUGGGAAGGGGCGAUGCCAGUGUGGCCGCUGCAGCUGCAGUGGACAGAGCUCCGGGCGUCUGUGCGAGUGUGAUGACGCGGGCUGUGAGCGACACGAGGGCGUCCUCUGCGGAGGCUUUGGCCACUGCCAAUGUGGCGUGUGUCACUGUCACGCCAACCGCACGGGCAGAGCAUGUGAGUGCAGUGAGAAUGUGGACAACUGUGCCAGUCCCAAAGGAGGGCUCUGCAGUGGGCACGGACACUGCAGAUGCAACCGUUGCCAGUGCCUGGACGGGUACUACGGGGCUCUGUGCGACCAGUGCCUAGGCUGCAGGUCGCCAUGUGAGCAGCACAGGGAUUGUGCAGAGUGUGGGGCAUUUGGCACUGGUCCCCUGGCAGCCAACUGCAGCCUAGCCUGUGCAGAUGUGAAUGUGACCCUGGCCUUGGUCCCUAAUUUGGAUGAUGGCUGGUGCAAAGAGAGGACGCUGGACAACCAACUGUUCUUCUUCCUGGUGGAGAAUGUGGCUGGAGGGGUCGUACUGAGAGUGAGACCCCAAGAGAAGGGAGCAGGUCAUACCCGUGCCAUCGUCCUGGGCUGCAUAGGUGGCAUCGUGGCAGUGGGACUAGGGCUCGUCUUGGCUUACCGGCUAUCCGUGGAAAUCUAUGACCGUCGAGAAUACAGCCGCUUUGAGAAGGAGAGGCAGCAGCUCAACUGGAAGCAGGACAGCAAUCCUCUCUACAAAAGUGCCGUCACCACCACAGUCAACCCCCGCUUCCAAGGGACAAACGGCCCUGGCCCCUCUCUCCAACCAGGAAGCAGCCUCACCUAGGACUCUUGUCUUUGAGGACAACAGGGACAGCAGGGCAGGGUCUCCAGGCCCCACUGCUGAGCGGUCGGCAGUGUUUCCAGUGACCUUCACAGGGCUGCUAGCCACUGCUGCGAACAUCCUCACCUCAUGAAGGCCUCCCACAAUAAAGUCUUGCCUUGGA